CAACAGUCGUGCAAACACACGUUUGAGUAGAGCAAAGAAAAUGAAAUUCUUCUUUUUAUUGUUUGUCACAUUAGUGAUUGGAUCUUAUAUGCAACAUUGUGCAGGAAUUUCCAUAGGUUUGCAGUAUGCCGUUGUAAUUGACGCCGGUUCGACGAGCAGCAAAGCGGUUACAUACAAAUUCUAUAUGAUAUACCCGAGCAGACGAUUAGUAAUAAAUAAUGGAGAAUCUUAUAAAAAAGUUCAACCCGGUCUGAGUUCAUUCUGUAAAAAUCCAACAGAGGGUGGAAAACAAAUUCAAAAACUACUUGAACUGGUGAAAAAAAAUAUUCCCGCAGAAAAUUUGUCAACAACACCAUUAAUACUGCGUGGAACUGGUGGCAUGAGAAAUCUUCCAUCGGAUCAAGCCGAAACAAUAUUGGAGGAAGUUCGAAAGAUAUUUUCAAGAUCUGGCUUCUACAUUGGCGAAAAUGCGGCUGAAAUCUUGAGUGGCGUUGACGAAGGCAUUUUUUCAUGGUUCACCAUUAACUUUUUACUAAAUCGUUUGGGCAGCAAAAAAACGGUGGCCGCUCUGGAUAUGGGUGGCGCCAGUGCACAAGUUACGUUCACCGUAAAAGAUAAACUCAAGAGCCAAUUGCCAAUAUUAUCCGACCAUAUGUACACCGUGUCGAUACCAAAUGAUAAAAUCGAUGUAUUUUCCACUUGUUAUUCGGAUCUUGGAGCGGAAACUCUUCGAUAUGCUGUAUUCAAAUAUGGUGCACCGAAUGAAGCUACAAAUUUGAAUAGUGUUUGUGUACACCCAAGCGUCAGGUCAACUCCAUUCAACUACCACACCAAAUCGUUCACAAUAAAUGGUAAAUCCAAUGGAAAAUCCACAAUUGACUUCGAUGCAUGUAUGGACGUGGUCAAAAAAGUAACAUUGAAUUCGAUUCGAACGAAGCCUCACACAGAGAAUCAGCAUGAAAUCUUUGCCUUCUCGGGUUUCUUUUACAGACUAUGGAACAUCGGUUUAAUUGAUAUUGAAAAAGGUGGCGAAUUCACUCUGAAUGACAUUUUAUUAAACACAAAGAAGGCAUGCAGUACGGUAGACGCUAAAAAUUCAUUUUUGUGCCUUGAUUUAACAUACAUUUAUGUCUUGCUGCACGAUGGAUAUGGGCUUGAUUUGGACACAAAAAUCCAAUUUCAUCAAAAUAUAAAUGGCCAUGUGAUCUCGUGGACUCUUGGCUGUGCUUAUGAUCAGUUGAUUGACAUAUCGAGAAUCAAAAUGUAAACAUUAAAAUAAAAGAGCAUUUUUUAAAGAACGAAUUCGAUGCCAAUUGGUUAAUUUGUGUGACAAAUAUUAGAGAAUUCCGCCGUCAAUUGAUCAUUGAUGAACGGAAAUCAAAUUGUACCAAUUAUCGAAAUCAAAUAAAGUUAAUGAAACUUGUAUGUG